AUGUCUGUUGACCCGAUUUGUCCUGAGGUCGAGAGUGUGUUGCAUAUGCCCGUGUCAUGUAAAGAUGCUAAACUUCUUUGGUAUCUUUCCCCGCUGCGCUUGGAGGUGGAGAAUUUUGAUGGGGAUACUUUUGGUGAAUGGUGUGUGUCUGUGCGAAAGAGUCACAAAGACUCGAUGUGGUGGGAUGUUUUUUGGAGUUUAUUAUGGGGGAUUUGGCUUCGAAGGAAUGCAUGGAUUUUUGAAGGCUGGAAGAAGGAUGUUAGUGAAGUUAUUCGUAAAGCUGUUGGUUUGGUUGGUGACUUCGCUACUGCCCAAGACCCUCAUGCCAUGGCUGCUGUUCAUACAAAUCUGGAAUGCUGGUGGAGAGUGCCGGUGCAGGGGGUGAUUAAAAUUAAUUCAGAUGCUUCUAUUCCCAACUCGAGCUAUGUGGGUUUAGGAGGGGUUAUGCGUGAUGCAGUGGGUGAGGUGGUGGCUGCUACUUGUUUGCGAGUGGAAGGAAAGUUUGGGGCUGAUAUUGCUGAAGCUCUCGCAAUGAGACAUGCGCUGAGUAUUGCUUUGGAGUCUGGGUUUCGAAGAGUAUGUGUGGAGACCGAUUGCCUUAAACUCCAUAGUCAUGUCUCCAAAGGAAAUGCUCCUCCAACUGAAUUUGGCUCAGAUUGCCAAGGGUUGCCAGCUUUGUUCGUUUUCUUUUGUGAAAAGAAGUGGUAA